AUGGCGAGUCAUCGGCAGCACGAAUGGUCCAGCGGGAGCAACAUCAUGGAGUUGGGUACCUCCUCCAAAAUUGGCGGUACUUUAGGAACAAAAGAUCCACAGGAACCAUGUAGCUUAAGUUCAAGCAUUUCAGAGACAAGAUCUGCUACUACAGAUGAAAUUAGAAUUAUUCCGAAUCUUCUUCCUGAUGUUAGGUUCGCAAGACCAUUUGCUGCCGAAAUGAGGUACAUGCCAAACUCCGCUUCAGAUGGCAGAAAUACUGCAUUGGGUGGAUUUUAUGUGCAUAAUAGGGGUGUAAUUACACAAGUGGGAGCACGCACAAGAAUGCUUAGCGAAGCACUACAGUACACCCAUUUUAAUGGGUAUAGACAGAUGAAUCAUUUAAGAGGUGAAAUGCUAGCUAACCAUGACCGCCACUUUGAGCGUGAAACUAUACAACGUGAUGCUAACCUGGCUUUGCAACGUGAGGAUUGCCGUGAAGCUAAUUUCGUAGAUUAUGUAUACUAUGAGCCAGAGGAAUAUAAUGAUGCUGCGUCUUCAGGGGCGCCUACUAGCAGGAGUAGUGGCCAAACUAGAAUAGAUAUCCCACCUGCGUCACAAAGGAUUCGUAGUAUGGCGUCGACUAGACGUGGUAUUGUUGAAGAAUUAGUUUCACAAGGAGUGUCACCAAGUGAAGUUGCAAAACUGGCAGAUAUAUUCGAACACCCGUCAUGUCUAAGACAAGUGGAUAUGUCACUCAUACCUUGGAUAAAAAAUCAAUCGGAAAUUGGUUAUUGGAGGAACGAAGCGGCGCUUUUUGUGCUUUGCAUCACCAUGGCCAUUUGCGUGGGUAAUGUGGAGACAAUGUUCAAACUGAAUACCACGUGGGAUGGUAUGACCUUCCUAUUGCCAUACUUCCUGUCAUAUAUAUUGGUAGUACAACCAAUGAUAUGCCUAGAACUUCUGAUGGGACAACUCUUCCGUACAGGACAGAGUGCAAUGUAUGAUAAGCUUAGGCGUGGAAGCAGUGGUCUAGGAACAGCGAUUGUUGUAAUAUGCCUCGUAACUGGAUGUGUAGCAUGUGCACGAUGUGCUGCCGAAUAUCUGAUAUACAUUGUAGACAUUUUCAAGGAUGAUAUGCCCUGGAAACUCACACAGGAUGAACGAUCAACAUGCGCUGGUCUUAGUAUACAAGAGUUGUGCCUGAAAAGUGGGCCUGUAUGCCUUUAUAACAAAGAGAAUUGUGUCGCUAAUCCUAUUGGAAAGGCAUUUCACGCAUAUAGAGCUAAAUUCUACCCUAUAGAUGAGACCCUCCCUGAUCUCGAGCCAUAUGUCUGCUGGGCUAUGUUGGCGACAUAUGGUAUAGUAACACUGUUUCAACUGGCUGGUAUGGGAAACUUCACAUUUACAGCGUCGAUGGUCAUCAUAGUAGCGUUUUUCGUCUCUCACGUACAGACUGUCGCCACAAUGUCACUUGAAGGUGGUGUAGACUUUUUGUGGCAAAGUAUAUAUAGUUGGAGAUGGGCAACGUUAUAUGAAAGCAGUCGUCUAUGGUCGCACUCUAUACGCUCCUGUAUGUACGAGUUCAUUGUCGGUUCGGGUGUCUACUCUACACUUGCAAACAAGUCACGUAUCGGAUACGACAUUUCAAAAGAAACUGUAGGUGUAGGUCUUUUUUCAGGGUAUGUUACUAUGCUCAUGUUUGGUGCUGCUUGUGGUCUCGUAGGACACCAUGCCAAACUUAUGAAUGUUGACCCAAGGGAGAUCAUUUGGAUGUUAGAACAGGAUAGCAGCUUUAUCCUAAUACCACUUGGUUUUCACUCCACCCGAAAUAUGGAGCGCACAUUAGGGGUGCUACAAUUUGCUGCUUGUCUAAUCCUAUUAUGUGCUACAUUGGCUAUACAAAUCGAAGUCGCUGUUGACAACUUAAAGGCGUUGCCCUCUAUCCGUAAUCGGAGGAUCAGAACGCGAUGGGUCAAAUUGAGUGUUAUCGUAUUUCUUUUUUUUGCGUCACUCUUUUUCGCAACACGUUCGGGAAAGAAGAUUGUAUGGUUUUUAGAGACAGCUCUUGGUGAUUUAGGGCGUUCAUUCACAGUAUUAAUAACAUCGAUUGUGGUAGGAUGGUUUCAUGGUUGUGACAAGCAGAAAGACGCUAUAGGGACAGCUACGGUAUACACCUUCAAUACUGUAUUUUGGUUUUUCAAUAUUCUUGCCUUUUUAUGCGAAACAUGUGAUGAAAGCAUAUUGGCCGUAAUGUGGUGGAUUGCACGGGUAUUAGGUAUUUGUGUAGCAACUCUAGUGGCUGUAAAAGUAAACCAAAUGUCCCGAAACAAACGUAGGCCUUUUAAAGACCUCUUAUGGUGGUUAUUCUGUGGUAAUGUGGAACAAUUGAGGUUAGAAAUGUCCCGUAUCAGUCCUAUAAGCAAAGUAGGCGGUGUUCCUAUGUUGAUGUUCUGGUCUUUAUGCAUAAAAUGGUUUAUACCAUGUAUGAUUAGCAAUACUAUCGCCGAUAUCAUUGAGGAAAUAUUUGCGCCACAUAGGGUUCGUGUGAAUAUAACCCGGAUCCCGCCAGGGUGGCAUUGGAUAACGGUGUUUGUGUGGAUUAUACUGAUUUUUCUGGUAUUCACACCCCCAUUAAUAUUGUUGUUCGUGCCAAGGCUAAUGCCCACUUACAAAACUAUUGGCCUAGAGGAGUUGCCGUCGGCCCCGCCUAAAUAUUCAAUAAUGCAUUGCUUGGCGCCACGUCGUCUCUUCGAAGAAUUCCGCCAACGGAAGCGCAUAUAA